CAUCUGCAAGGUGCGGGGAUGGAAGAAGGGCGAUCCACAAUACGAGAAAAACUAAGACCGUACUCAAUAAUGUGUGGAUUGGUUUACAGGCAAAGGCCGAUGCUGACAAUGAUCAACAGGUGACGAAUGAGGAGUGGUGCAAAAUGUGGGAAGAAUAUUCGCGCAACCCCAAUAGUGUACUUGACUGGCAACUACAAUUUCGUGACUUCAUGUUUGAUCUUGAAGACACAUCAGGUGAUGGCGCCAUCGACGAGGAGGAGUUUGCAAUGAUAUGUUCCAGUUACAAUGUUCCCGAGCAGAACGCCCGAGAUGCCUUCCGCAAGUUUUCUCGUAAUGGGACCUUAGAAAUCACACGGGAAAAGUUUGGGGAGCUGUGGGUAGAAUACUUCGCCUCGGAGGAUCCAUCCGCCCCAGGGAACUUCAUCUUCGGAGUUACCAAGUUCGAAUAAGCUCAUACCUUGUCAGAGAGCCGAUUUCCUAUAACAGACGGUAGCUAGUAAGGUAUUUCCGGGGUGGGAAGUGUCAAAAGCAUUUGUUAAAGAUUUUGGUGAUAGUGUUUUUCAUCUUGGGUAGGUUUCUAAUG